CUCAUCCCGUUGCUCUCCCCCAGCCUCCGACGCCCGACGCCCUGCACCUUCACGAACUCUUGGUCAUACCCACAUUUCGCUCAAGAUGUUGCACAUGUCGACCAGCGCUCCUUCAAUCAUUGACUCUGCUCAUCGUGACGCUGCGCAUUUCGUUCCUCGCAUCGACCUGAAGAGCAUCAGUGAAGCUGACGCCAGAAAGCUCAUGUCUGUUGAACACAAGGCCCUUGGUUACCGUCCGCCGCCGGGCUCGCUCGCCGCGGAAGCGCAGGCGGAAGCUGCCAAACACCCCCAGACCGCCACACAAAUCAAUGAAGAACGGCUACGGCUAGCGGCUCUUGCAGAUGCUCAAAGGAUUAAGAAAGAGAGGGUACAGGACGGAGUAGACCUGAAUGCUAUCAGCCAAGUUCAAGCUCGGAAGCUCAUGCCGGAGGAACACAAGUCCCUGGGACACCUCCCACCACCUGGCUCUGUCGCCGCACAGGUCCAAUCCGCCGCGUCGAAGCACCCGCAGAUCGUUGCGCAGACUCAGCCCACGACACAGCACCUCCAGCGCGCUGCACUCGAAGACGCAGCCCUCCUCGAGCCUUCAAGUGCUGCCGCACACAUCGACCUGAACUUCAUCGGCGAAGCGGAAGCGCGCAAGCUCAUGUCCGAGGAGCACAAGGCGCUCGGAUACCGCCCGCCCCAGGGCUCUCUUGCCGCGGCUGCGCAGGCGGCGGCCGCCAAGCAUCCCAACGCGAGUGCAGGUCUCGAUUCCACGAUACUUGCGAAGGCAGCCCUCGAGGACGCCAAGAAGAUCGAGUAUCAGCGCCUUGCGAGCCAAUCCCCGACGUCCGAGGUUAAUCUCGAGACCAUCACUACCGACGAGGCGCAUACUUUGCAGUCCGAGGAGCAGAAGACCCUCGAUUACCGCCCACCCGCUGAUUCCCUUGCCGCGCGCGUCCAGAGCGCCAUCAACAGUAGCGCGAACGAGCCCAUCACGGGGGAUGCUGCGUCCACGACCCAGUCCGAGGAGCUCCCUGAGUCAGGCAUCAUGGCCGCUGCUACGCAGAGCGCAGCAGGCGAGAACAAGAACGGCGGCGGCGCACGUACGUUCGACGAGGCUGGCCUCUAGACGCAAGCUUGACACAGAUUUUUGGCACGCGAUCAUCAUCCAAGUGUAACAUUACUAUUGCUCGCUUUUAGCAGUAUACACCGGGAAUCGACUGUAGAACGUAUUUGUACCAUGCUCUCAAUGAAACUCGAGUUUUUCCG